UUAAUUUUGUAAUUUCUACAAAAUACCAUCGCCGUCGACUUGUCGCGAAGGACUCCGCCAAUUUUCGUGGAACACUUUCUUCUGAGAUUACCAUCAAAGCAACGGAGAUGGCACAAUUAUCAAUUAACAUAACCAUCCUAAGUUUAUUUCUCUUGCUUCACUUGUGUGAAGGAUUAGAUGACCAGCCAGGCUACAAGUCUUUAGUUUCUUCAUGGAGAAAGAACACGUUGCUCGCUGAUGUACAGCUAGAUGCUGGGGAGAAUGUCCCUAACGUUCCUAUGAGGUACAGACGUGACGUACAAUCCAAUGAUUCACAACCUGCCGACACUGUUACGAUUGAAGAUGAUCAUGACUACUACAUAUCAACAUUCUACUCUGAAGGUCGAGAUUAUUAUCAGAACCUUGGCUCGGGUAGUUCAUACAGUGUAGUAGACGUUCAUGAAGCUCUCUCUGAAAGUCAUCUUACUGCAGGGGAGGUACGCCUGCCAUUUCAGUUUCCUUUCUAUGGACACAACAUCACCAAGAUUUACAUAGCAACAGGAGGAUUUAUAUCACUGAGUACCUUCUUUCAUCAGUACCUGUCUGCAACUCAAUACAUCGCACCUCUGAUGGGUAACUUUGACCCUAGUCAGAACACCACGUCAAGAAUCAAAUAUGGAUAUAAUGACACUGCCUUCACUGUAGAAUGGGAUGAUCUUCAUGUACAACACCUCACAUCAGUUGGACGAUUUACAUUCCAGACUACCCUUGUAUCUGAUGGCCGUAUUCUCUUCGCAUACAAAGAGAUCCCAGAGGAUGUUAAUAAGAUAGGUGGAGGAAAUGGCCACAAGGUGACCGUUGGUUUGUCUGACGGCUACUACAUCGAUGAGCCCCUUUAUCCAGGAUCUAACUUGAUCAGGCGAACGAUUUACCAUUACCACAACAUUCAGCUGAACAAAACCUUUGUUAUCAAUGAUGCAGCUUUUGUACUAGAACCACUCCAAACGUGUAACCUAUACACCAACUGUUCUGGCUGUCUGUCUGUGAGGGAAGAGAUCCGCUUUGACUGUGGGUGGUGUGGUAAGAUCAAGCGAUGCUCCAGUGGUCUCGACAGACACAGACAGGAUUGGAUAGAGGCUGAAUGCUCUGAAAAGGCACAAGGAGAAUGCUAUGAUCCUGAACACGUUAUAGAUAAGACAGUUAUCAUCAUCCUGAUUGUGGUUGUGAUGGUGAUUGCCUUAUGUUUGAUUGGAUGCCUGGUCUACUCAUAUAAGAACCCUUCAUCUAGGUCUGGUCAACAACUUGUUCAGAUCCAGCAGCGAGUACGACACCUCGUACGUCGCAACCCGCGAGACAACUACGAGGAGAGCAUCGUUGGUAACAUGCAGGAGUCCAAGCCUACCCCACCCCCUGCCUACUCCCCUCCUCAGGACUCGCCCUCCAUCCCUACACCCCCGAUGUCUGGCGCGCCUUCUAUCAUCACCACCACCGGCGCACCAGGGGCAACCACGCUCGCCGGUAACGGGGAUGUCGGUGGUCAAGAAGAGCCAGCGGUCGAUACCGGGGUUGACCCUCAUGCCCAAACAGCAGAGUGUUGAUAGACGUAUCAAGAGUAUCAAUCAUCCUCAAACUAUUGCCUUUGACAUCCCAACACGGUAGAUCACUACUGCUAAAUUUCUACUUGUCUUUGAUUAGUACUCAGUUUUAUUCUACAUUUAAUUAUUCAAUGUGUUUUGUAUGUUUAGGGAUACUUUUCAAACCAAAAAAAUGUACACGUAUUCACAUCUUUGUCAUUUUGUUAAAGAGUGUCCUGUUUUUUUAAUCAAUAGAAAAUUUGAGCAGAAGAGUAUUUGUUACUCUUUUUUUUUCCAUCAACCAAAUAUUUAUAUUUUGUCUCACCAGUUUGCCCUAUGUGGAACUUAAUUGUAUUCAUAUGGUCCCAUUUAAAACCCAGGAUUUUUGUUUUCUUUGUAAAAGAUACUUUUGCGACCAAUCUUUUUGAAAAUUGGAGGGAAUUAUGUAUAUUCAUGUAUGAUCAGGGAUCUACAUGUAUGAUUGCUGUAUUGGAUUUGUAAUGUCUUUUAAAUACAAGGUAUUUACAAAAACAUGGUACACUUAUAACAUUCCUUGUACACUUUCGACUGGUCAACGAUGUCAUGGUAUUUAUUUAACCAACAAAAAGAGAAUUUUUGCAUAAAUAUUUAUGCAAUUAAUUUUUUUAUUGAUUAAUGCAAUGCAUUCCUAGUACUAUAUACUUGUUACUUUAAGGAAAUGUUUGGAGGGGUUUCUAAGGGGAUUCAUUUAAAUGUGACUGUGUUGUUAGUUGGUUUAUGUGGCUUCGAUAAAAUUGAACUCACAUGCACUGUAGUCUAACACUUUAACAUAUUAUAUACCAGGGAUGAAUCAUGGGUUAUUUUGUGUUGUAUGGCUGGUAAUUGGGGAUUUAACUGCUAGAAAUGGGCAUGAGGUUUAACUUUUUGAUAGAGUGUAACUGAGAAGUUAUCGAAAUGAAAUGUACAUUACCAUGAUCAAAUGAUAAAUAUUAAGAUUGAAUGCUUCAGGAAGUAUUCUUUAAUCACAGAGAAUUUGAGAAAAAGAAGUUCAUGCGCCAUGAGCGCCGAGCUGGCUGACACCGGCACUAUAGAAGAUAUCGUUCUUAUUAUUAUUAUUGUACCGUAAUUAACGGUGUAUAAACCGCACCUUUUUGCCGCCGAAAAAAA